CAACCACGUUACACUCUGAGGUGAACGUAAAAAGGAUUCGCACAAAAGACUCACUGCCUCCAGAAACUGUUCGAAGUUGUUCCAGGAAACAGGUGUUCGCUUUUGGUGAACUUCGUUUUCUCGCCGAUAGUUGGAACUCUGUAUCAACAAAACAGAACCUAAGGUAAGCGCCCCGGUGCAAGCGCCUUUCUCGUCUCCAUCCAACCCCACUGGAACACCCAGUGACCGGUCGGCACUGCGCUCCGUGCUGACUCCUGGUCAGCGCCUGCAGGCCUUCGCAUUUAACUCAUCGAAUCAUCAGUUGCAAAAAGCAGCUACUUUCCUCGGCUGUCCCUCUUGUGCGCGACCGUGGUAUCCCCCAAGUACAACAGCGCUUCCACAACCUAUCAUCCUUUUGAUCUCUUCUACUUUAUUCAGAAUAAGUGGCAUUUACCCACCAAUUGCUUUUGUCGCCAUUUUCAUUGGUUCCAACUACCUGGUGCCUGACAGCUGCAUUAACCCAAUUACGGGACACUUUGGAAGCGUGACGGGGAGCGCCAUCGUGACUUCAUGAUGGAAUACCCUCCACAAUAUCAGCAGCCUCAUGGCCAACACCCACAUGCUCCUUCUCAUAUUGCUGCCCCGUAUCAAACCGCACCACAGAACCCAGGCUCAACGGUGGGGUCGAUGACCUCCCCCACCAAUCCCCAGGCACAUAUGCAGCAAGCCCACCCCGCGCAUCAAGCGUCUCCUAUUGUUCCCUCGCAGUCUCAUUACCAACAGGCACAAAAUGCUCCGGGCUCAGUACAUCAGCAGAUGAACUUUCCUCAAUCAUACGGCGUAACCACAGCUAUGCCACAGACAUACGGAAUCUCACCAACCCAGGCGGCGGCUAUGGCUACUGCGGCGGCUUCUGGGCAAUUCUAUCCUUUGCAUCAGGACUCGAUGGCUGGCCAAAUGCCACAAGGACCUCGUGGCUCGCCACGCAUGGCUGGAGUGCAACAGGUGAAAAAUGAACGGAAUCCUCGCUCACCGCCGCAAAUGUCAGGACAAAUGCCUCCAAUGGGUUCGCAAGUACAGAUGCAGCAAAACGCCCAAAUGCAGCAGCGUCGCAUGAGCCAUGUUGGGAGUCCCCAUGUUCAAAGUGCCCAGCCGGUUCUGAAUCAUGUCGGCCGGCCUUCGGUGCCACCACCGAUGCCACCCCCGCCUCAGCCUGCAGUGCAGCAAAGCCAACCUUCUCCAGAUAUGGCUGUAGGCGCUGUAGAGGAAUCUCCUCUUUAUGUCAAUGCAAAGCAAUUCCAUCGCAUUUUGAAACGACGAGUUGCCCGGCAAAAAUUGGAAGAACAACUCCGACUUACGUCCAAGGGGCGUAAGCCAUAUCUACACGAGUCGCGUCAUAAUCACGCCAUGCGACGACCACGGGGUCCUGGUGGUCGAUUCCUGACAGCAGAUGAAGUUGCCAAUCUGGAGAAAAAGAAUAUCCCGGGUGGACAAGAGAAUGUCGAUAGUAAGCCGACCGGUGAGAAUCCUCCGUCGGCACAAAAAAGAAAAUCUAGUGAUGUUAACGAUGAGAAUACGAACUCAGCGAAGAAGGCGAAGACUAGCGCUGCAAAAACUAGCACCAGCGCUGAGGAGAGCGAACAUGAAUCGGCCGACCCGUCUGAUGAGGACGGCUGAGCAACAUGCCUCACAACAGAAUUUGCUUUCAUAUCAUUAGCGCCUUCCUGCCCGCUUCUGUGUGCUUUGUUCGUACCUAUUCAUCCUUAUGGCUCUAUUUCAUGGUGCUUGUUUAUGUUUGCUUUUUGUAGCGAGCGAUGUGUGACAACUCACCUAUCACGUUUCUACUACUAUUAUCCGACAGCUACCAUUGUUAUGUUUAUAUCGUUAUGUUAUGUUGGUACGAAAUCUUUUUCAUUAUUCAAAGAAUCCUGUUAUGUUUAUUUUGCC